UUCACCUGCAGAAAGUUGUUUUGGUGGAGCAGGGCUGAAGCUGGCACGGACUUACCUGCUUGGUGGCCAAAAGCCCCAUUCCUGCUGGGUGCAUUCCCUGCCAGAGCACCCUGAAGAGAUGGAGUCUGAUGUGUGGUGUCUGCAUGGGGCUGUGGGUCGCUGUGCUCUGCAGGAGCUGCCCUCAACUUAUCACAGAUUGUAAAAGAUUGAUUUAUUUUAAACCAGCAUUGUGGCUGUAGGAGAAUCUGUGUCUUGCUUUCUGCCCAUUCACAACCUAUAUUGAAGGGAUGGCAUCCACAAGAGAGAAGGGUUUGCUGCAGUCCCAGAAAAAGCUGUAAACUUAGGUUGGUUGCCAAGAAUUAGAAGGGAACAGUGCUGACUGUGUUCCCAAGAAGGGCUCCCAGUGCAGGGAAAUGGAGCAGGACCACAGAGUUCUAUAGCAUGUGUGUGUGUUUCCCUUACCUGUAUGCUGAUACUAGAACAUGACUUAAUACAAUGUUGUGUUAUUUUGUUUUUCCAAAUCAGAAGUUUAUUUCCAAACAGUUCUGACCACGGAAAGGAUCCGUUGUUGUUGUCGUAUGUUGUUGUUGGAAAGGAGACAUUCUGGAGCAUCCAUUGCAUCUCUGCUUGAUGUUCCUCACGUUGCAGGACGGUACGAGGCAGGUGGGCGUCAGUGUGAAGCCAGUACAGCCAGUGCCUUCCUCUCUGAGCUCCAGGCGCUGAUACAGCCAACCUACAGGGCAGUCCGGGAGCGCAGCCCUGCCGGGAGCCGCAUCCCCGCCCGGCUCGUGGAGGAGGGCAGCAGUGGGGAGGUGCGGGGCCGCCUCCUGCCGCGGGUGGGGCCGGAGCUGCCCCCAGUGCCGCCGCCUGCCCUGGCCGGAGCCGAGGACCGAGGAGCUGCGGCGAUGGGCUGCGGCCGUGCCGUGUGUGUGCUGCUGGCUGCUGCGCUCCUGCCUGCCCGAGCCUUCCCCCAGACCAACAUCAAAAUCAGCCAAGCCCUGCCGGAGCCUGUGCAUGCCUACUCCUGCCCUCUUUUCUGGACCGAGUAUGAAGGGCAUUGCUACCGCUACUUCCCCAUCAACAAAACCUGGGCUGAGGCCGACCUUUACUGUGCAGAGUUCUCCAUUGGCAUCAGGUCAGCGAAGCUGGCCUCCAUUCACAGCUGGGAAGAGAACGUUCUUUGUGUAUGACCUGGUGAACACGCGUGUCCUGGCAUCCCCACUGACAUCUGGAUGGGGCUCAAUGACCUGCGGCAGGAGGGUCACUUCGAGUGGACAGACGGCACCUCCUAUGACUACAACUACUGGGAUGGCAGCCAGCCCGAUGACGGCAUCCACUCCAUCCCAGAGGAGGAGGACUGUGUACAGAUCUGGUACCGGGCCAGCAGCGCUCUGCGCUCCUGGAAUGACAACGCCUGCGGCCGGACCUUCCCCUUUGUCUGCAAAAUCCCCUCGCUGGCCCUGGACUGAGCCUGACUGCGUGCCCAGCUUCGUGCUGCUUCAUUGGGGCAGGUUGGGAUGGAGCAGGCUUCGUGCUCUUCACUUUGGCCCUGGAGCUCUGCCUGCUGACAAGUGAGCUGCAGAGCCAUGGAAGCCCCCAGAUUUAAGCCUGGGGUUGGGUUUAAAAUAAACUCUCACAGGAAAUCUGUA